AUGUCUCACUGGCAUCAAGCUUGUCGUACGUACAGUGCGUGUUCUCCCAUUAAGUACAAACAAUGGUGUUAAAAAUAUAGUUUUUCUACAAUCCCCAAAUAUCAAAAAAAUUCCCAGUGACCAAGUGAUUUUUAAAUACUUUAAUACUCCCAAUUUUUAAACCAGCAAUAACGAGUUCAUGACGCCGGGGCGUAUCCCAAAAAUUCGGGGACUCAUUGCUCCAAUUUGUUUGACACAAUUCCAACAAUUUUCUACACUCAUACAUCAACGAAACCCGUAAUCAAACCACUGCCAAGACUGUGAUACCAAAACCUCCGAAAAAUUAAAAUCGACCCCAGCACGACCCAUGAGUCUUCUCCAAGAGCACGAACAAGAACAAAGAAACAAUUUCUCACUAAUCAUCAACCUCAGAAAAAAAUGCUGAAUUCGUCACGGAGAUUUCCAUGGAACCGAUGACUCGUCAGCGCAAGAAUUAACACCUUUUAAAAAAAACAGAAAGAGGGGCAAAAACGGAAGAGACCAAGAGCUAUAAUCAAAAGGUCCUUGAAUAAAUUUCAAGUGUUGGCAGGUGGUUAACAACUCCACCAGCACUAGCCAAUGUGUGACUCGACUGACGCUUAUGUACAAAAACUCAGUUACCUCCACCUGGGGGAUGAAGUGGAACGAGUUGGUUCGCAUGGCACUGGCUCCAAGCCAGAGGGCCAGGUGCCAGUGCCAAGCCCCCAGCACCAUCAUCCCCAGUAUUACCCACAGUACCGUGACAUACGAUCAAACAGAUCAUUGGUAGCCAUCGAUAAUUUCAUCGAUGACUCGGGGGAUCCUAGACAACCACCAGGAGAUUACAAGCACUACGACCGAGAUAACAUUUCCGUCUCGAGGUUUCCCCCAAAGUCCAUGGAUCCAAUAGAUCAGGAUCAGAGUCGAGGUCACGCACCGCUGUACGAAAAUAUAGAGUACUAUCCGCCCUCAGCACCAACGCACCCCCCUUACUACCACGCGAUAGAUAAAAAGAGCCCGCGGGGUAGCCCUCGAGCCUCGCUCGCUGAAUCCUACGAAGCUUCAUUCAGAAAAGCUCAGCCACAGGUGCCCACUGGCAACCGCUACCAAACGUCCUCCCCAGCGAAAGAACUCCCCCCCUACGAGGCACCCCCAGUCUACGAGAACAUCCAAGAAAUCGCUUAUCACGACCCAGAGCCGCAGAACAAACCUGGCCCCCAGGUGCCAAACUACUACCACUCGACCAACAUCAACGGAGGUGACUACGUCGUGAUGACGGGAAAAGCUCAGCAGCAGAGACCCACUCGUGUCCAAUCGUUCGACGCAGCACUGGGUACAAACUCCUCGAGAUACCUAGUAUCAUCGAACUCAUCCGGGGAUCUCCAAGCCGGGAGGAGUGCCUACGUCCCCCCCUCAGAGCUCCAGCACCCGAGUUCCCCGAGAUCCUUAUCGAAUCCUUAUCAGAGUGAUUCACCCCCAAUUCGAUUGCCAACAGAGGCUCAUUACCGAGGGAAUUCCGAGAUCCAUGGAGGCCACAACUACCGGAGUUUCAUCCAACCUGAGGGCUAUCGUCAGGAGAAUGGACAGAAUUACAAGCAUUACGUUGAGCCAGGUCAGGGACGGGCCCCCCAGGUGCCCUCUCCAUCAUCGAGAUCGAUGCCUGCGGGGUACCAGAGGAGUGUCACUGGGUCCUGGACUCCUCAGAACGAACGGAGGGAUUAUCCGAGGAAUCCGGGGAUGUACCCACCUAAUCGUCCAGAGAUGAGGAUUAAUAUGCAGCAAAAUGAUAAAAAUUCCGAGGGACAUGAGUCGCCAACGUCGAACAGGAGUUCUCCACUCUAUGCGAUUCCUCACGCAGGUCGAGAGCAGAGGAAUGCCAGUCAGGAGGUGAAGAGUUCACCCAAGACGAGUCCCACUCAUGCGCCAAUGAGUCCUCAAGGACACUUGAAUUCUUCCGUUGUCUCAAGACAAGUUUCAGCUUCGAAUUCAGCUACUUCGGCGGGGUCUCCUGUUCGAGGACGGGUUCAGGCAGCUGUAACCAGUGCAGCGACAAUAUCAAGCGAUGAUUUGUCGAGGAAUGCCCCCAGGAUCACGAGUCUACCUCCGGGUGUCACCAGUGGUGUUGCUGGACCGGUGUUCCUUAAUGCUGGGGUUCCUGUUCUUCAGAAGUCGAUUGAACUCGAGGAGAAGAGAACUGCGAGUCCCAAGCCUGUUGGGGGGAAGGGUCUGCUACCUUAUAAUGUCACUCCACCCAGGCCUUCUGGCCCCACCGAGGCAGAGAGGAAGAUCGAGGAGCUCACGAGACAACUCGAGGAGGAGAUGGAGAAGCAGGAGGAGGAGGGAGAGUACUUCGGGAUUUGUCAUACGUGCGGGGAGAAAGUCACUGGUGCGGGACAGGCUUGUCAAGCUAUGGGAAAUCUUUAUCACACCAAUUGUUUCAUCUGCUGCUCGUGCGGACGAGCUCUGCGGGGGAAGGCUUUCUAUAAUGUACAUGGCAAGGUUUACUGCGAGGAGGAUUAUCUGUACUCUGGAUUCCAACAGACUGCGGAGAAAUGCGCGAUUUGCGGACACCUCAUUAUGGAAAUGAUUCUCCAAGCCAUGGGUAAAUCGUAUCAUCCUGGGUGCUUUAGAUGCUGCGUUUGCAAUGAAUGCCUUGAUGGUGUUCCAUUCACUGUUGAUGUAGAUAAUAAAAUUUAUUGUGUUAAUGAUUAUCACAGAAUGUUUGCGCCCAAGUGUGCUUCUUGUGGUAAAGGCAUUACACCGGUUGAGGGUACGGAAGAAACUGUCAGAGUAGUAUCAAUGGAUCGUGAUUUCCACGUAGAUUGCUACGUUUGCGAGGACUGUGGUAUGCAACUGACUGAUGAGCCGGAUAAACGCUGUUAUCCACUGGACGGUAGACUCAUGUGUCGUGCGUGUCACAUUCAAAGAAUAUCCCAUACUCAACCACGUGCACCACAACCAGUCUCCGCUAGCUAUCAAUUCAUGGGUUAAUUCUUUAUUUUAUUCCUGCAGACUAAUUUAUUAAGUAAUUCUAGAGAUCAAUAUUUAUUAUUUUAACAUUCUUUUUUAUUUGAAUCGACAAGAGGAGCCUGUUGCUGUGAUAAAUGAUAAUAGCAUAAUUUAUUUUUAAUUCAUCUUGACACGGAUAUUUUUUUAUAAUUUUAACGUUAGGUAAUGCGAAUUCACAGGAUACUAUAUCUAUCAUAACUUCGAUGUCCAUAAUAUUGGUAAUGUAAUAUCUAUUAGAUUAUUAUCGUCAUUCAAAUCACUAUCGUUCCAGCAUCAGCUAUAUACUCCAGUAGUUUUGAAAUCGUUGUAGAUAAGUACUUAUUUAUAUUCAACGUACAAACGGUGUAUACCAUUGACUAAUACAAUAAAACCUUCUAAUUCAA